GAUUGCUGCAAAAUUAAAAACAUCUUCGGUCACACGCGCGCAUAUAGCAUACAAAAAAAAAGAAAAGAAGAAAGAAUAAUAACAAAAAUACUUCCGACUUGAUAGACUUUUACACAGAUGUGUAUAUAUUUUAGUGUGUAUAGCUUAUAGUUAGAUACAAAGUGACCGAAAGGCAAGAGCAAGGAGCAAGAGCAAAAUCGGACUAUCGUCUCAAGUUAUACCCCCCUCUUAUAUAUUAUUAUAUAUUCUUUAACUUGGAAAAUCAAGCUCCGGAAAAACCACCCCUUCGAGAAAUGUUCUCUACAUAAAAUUUAGUGUAAUUUUCUUCUCUUAAUAAAUAUUUACCCACACACCCGGCGCGCGUUAUCCUGCCAGAAGCAGCAGCAGUGUGGAAGCCGAGGAUACCAAUCCGCACCCCAGACAGCCCCGGUCCGAGCGUUCUGGGGGCCCGCUUUAGUUUUGCUACAAUCGUUUCCCUCGUGUUGUUUGGUCGUCUCGGUCUAAGGGAGAAGAUACCAAGGAGCUGUCGUCGUCCUCCUUACAUAUUAUCGUAGCUUCAGAGAAAGUCGUGCCGCACAUCCAACUCGACUCUCUUACGGUUCGGACCUAAAAGUACACACGGCGUACAUUUUCUUAGAUUCGUUGUCGAAAAAAAAAAAUCAAAUCAAAUCAAAUCCAAUCCACACAAGAUCACCCGGAUUCGAGUUUGUGAAGUUACGGGAAAAAAUCAAACAGUUUCGCGAAGUAACAAAACAAAAAAAAAAUAUAACAAGAUUGCACCAAAACAGAACAACAAAUCGUGUUGAUUCCACAAAAUAAGCUCAAGCGAUCCAAAACAAAAAAAAAACCAUCAUCAGCUCAAUCUGCACUCAGCCUCAAGUCAAAGUCGUACUCGAGAGAUGGAUCCACCAAACCGUGAAUGAAUGAUCGCUGAACCUGCAAACAAAAGAUUCGUUACGAGGAUUACACAGUUACAACAUCAACAACAACAACAACAACAACAUCAACAACAACAGUGGUACAAAACAAAAGUGUUGCGCGCAAAAGAAAAUUAAAUCGAAAUGGCCUUCAACCGACAGCUUGUGUUGGCCUCGAGUCUGCUGAAAAAUUCCAAGGAUAAUUGUACCACCUCCGGCCCGCGACCACAGUCCAUCGGUGCCGUCGUGGCCGGAUCGCGUCGUCCUCGUCGUGGAUCAGUGUUCCCACCAAGCAUAGUGGUGUUCUUGCUUUGAACAAGUUCUUUCGUUGGAUUUUAAGUUUUAAUCAAAUCAUAAGAACCAAAUAAACAAACGACUAUAUCUAGUGUGUGUGAAAUGUUCUCCCGAAUGGCGUAUAAAUAUAUCAUAACAGAAAAGUACAUCUUGUUUCAUUAACGAAGAACGGUAAUAAAACAAACAAAACAGUUGCGAAGAAAAUAACAAAUGAUGCUGAUAAAACCAAGAACCAGAAGACAAAAUGAAAAAGAUACGCAAACUGGUCAAAUUGUUGCAAAAUGUCAUCCGAAAGAAAUGAGUGAAAAAUUAUGUGAAACUGCAAAAUGGUCAGACAACUACAAUGACGAUUGAUGCGUGUGGCCACGCAACUGCCAUGCCCUCGUCGAAUCGGUCGUUGAAAGCUAGAAUUAAACUCGAAUAAAACUAGUUAAAUAACAAACUGAAAACAAAUUUUACUCCCCCCUUAAACGAAAAAGAAAAGAAAAAACAAAUGAAGAAAAUACAAAGAAGAAUGAAAAAUAGCGAAAUGCUCUCACCGCCUCAAGCUGUGUGGUAGAAGAAGCAAUAGCAGCAGUACAGUUUCCCCCCCAAAGUUUAGUUUGUCGCAAUUUUUUACUACUGCAAAAAAUCCCCACGACCAACCGAAGAAGAUCAGAAGAAACAGAACGGAGAAGAUCAGUGAGAGUGAAAAUUUUCGACGAAAACAAACAAAGCGAACGAACGAACGAACAAAGUCUGAGUGAAGUAUCUUUAAGUUUGAGCUAAAAGAAAAUAAAACAAAAAAUCUGAUCAACAAAAAACGGAGAAAACUUGAGUGGCACUUGUGCGAAAGUGCAUCGACAGCGAGCGGAAGAAAGAAGAAGAAGCAGAACAAAAAAACACUAGGACAGAGUGAAACUGCGCGAAAACUGAACUGAAACAAACUGUUAUGUGCGAACAGAAGAGUUUCACAAUAGAGUAGAAAAGCCCCACGAACGCUAAAACUAAGGAAAGUACCCUCGUGGAAACGAGGACUUCGCCAUUAGUCCCCCCCCCUCGAAGAAGAACAAGAAGAAGAAACAACCGGAUUUGACAAACCAAACCAAAAAAAAUAAGUGAAGACAGCAGUGAAAGUGUGUGUGUAACAAGAACCAAAAAACAAGGAAUACUCGCCCCCCAAGAAGAAGAAUCACAAACAGAAAGUGAAAGUGACCCAAGUCCCCGCAAAGAAAAAAAGAACAAAUCAUAGAAAGUGAAAGUGAGAUAAAUAAAAAAACUAAAGAAGACAACAAAAGCAAACAAUCGUGUGUGUUGUGCUGCAUCUCUAUAGCGAAAAAAAAGAGAGAGUGCGAAAGCGAAAACGAAAAAAAAAGAAUCCUUUAAAACCACCCCCCGAUAACCCCACAAAAUAUUCAACCGAUUCGACUUGUACCCGAAGAUAACCACAACAGCCAGGUCCAUGCGAUGGAAGGGGAAACAUAAGGCCGGGUUAAGAGAGGGGUACUGUUCGGAAUUGUUGGAAGGGGCGCUCGCCAGUCGUCGUCGUCGUCACUGUAGCCGUCAACGUUCAAGUCGUCGUAUGUAUCGCCGGCGAGGUUCUUGGUAUUAUUGUUGUACUACUAGCAAGAAGACCAUCAUCGGCCGGAGGCAACAUCAGCAAGAGCAACAGCAACAGCAACAACAACAACCGUGGGGAGGGGAGAGUUUCUCCCACCUUGGUGCGCUGGUCCGUGGGCCAAUAAAGCUGUUUGCCACUUAUGAUGUCAUCAGAGGAGGACACUGAUUCUUUCGGUUUAUACGUCGAUAAGUUGCUAAAGAAAAACAAACGAACCAGACAGCGCGUAGACGCGGGAGAGCCAAGAAAUAGUUAUUCUUCGAUACCGAACUUUAGUUCCAGACCGUCGUCCUUCAUGAGCGGUGGUCUAUACGGGGCUAUUUUUAGCCAAAGCCAGCAGCAUUUCGGUGGACUGUUUGGCUACGGGCCAGCCAACAAGAUGCUCAACGAGCUCUUGGGAAGACAAGUGAAGCAAGCACAGGACGCCAGCGAUCCGGACAGUAUCAGUAUGCUAUCAUCGAUUGAGGCAGCCAAUGCAGCGGAUAAUAGCAAUACCCCAACGAGCAAGCAUGGAUUCGAGAGUACGACGAAUCUGAAUAAUAACAACAACAAUAGCAGUACGGCUAACAACAACACUAACAGUGGUAAUAACAAUUCGCCCACGUCAGAUGGAUCUGCAAUGAUGGGUCGAAGGAGUAGUAACAGUCAGAUCAACACUGCCAAUAGUGGCAGCAACAACAACAACAACAACAGUAACAGUAACAGCAGCAGUGGUGUUAUAGACCUUGACGGUGGUUCUAGAACACCACAGCCGAACGAUUUGGCGCAUCACAUGUUGCGCAACAUCCUACAGGGCAAGAAGGAGCUGAUGGCCCUCGAUCACGAGCUGCGAACGGUGAGCAACCAGAGUUCGGCCCUCGGCGACCGGAUAUCGCCCGAUAAUAACAACGUGAUCAGCAAGAACAAUAACAUCUACGACAUAAGCAAGUGCGAAACAGUGAACGGUGGUAGUGGUGAUGUUAGUGACUCUAGUGAACUAGGUGCUAAUAAUAACAACAGUGCUUCAAACAAGGUGAAUCAGAAGAACAGUGCGACCAAUAAUCAAACCAACAACAGUGAUAACAACAGUCAACCUACUAGGCCAAUUUCUCUGGACUCGAACAAUAGCAAUUGUGAUGAUAUGCUAGCCUCGGAGCUGGCCCACACCGAGCGGCUACUGAAUGGUGUUAGCGGUAGUGGUGGAGGUGGCAAUGGUGCCGGUCGGUGUUCUAGUGUGAAUCCCAAACAGGAAAAAAGUGAUGUGAUUGACGAGCUGGUGGCAUCGCUUCCGGAUGAGGUCGAUGAAAUCAUGCCGUCACCUGCCUCGGGCAGCAAUGGUGUGAUAAUUACCAAACAGGAACUGGAUAUGGAUGAUUGUCUCGAAGAUAAGGAUCGGGACGAUCGAACGCCAAGUCCGGCGCCGAGUAAGAACGAUUCGGAAUCGCUGACGCUGAAGCGGGCACGAGUGGAAAAUAUCGUGUCGUCGAUGCGUGCCAGCCCUGCCCUGUUGGGUUCCCAGCAGGGACAGGUCAAUGGAUGCAAGAAACGGAAGUUGUACCACCCGCAGCAGCAUGAUAAUAGCGCCGCUGAGCGGUAUGCUGCCGCAGCUGCAGCCGGAUUAAAUCUCGGUCUAACGCUGCAGAACUUCAUGCUGGGUGCCAGUGCCGAUCAGGAUGAUGACGACGAUGAUAUGGAAGUCACUCCGCACAUCCAUCAGAAGCGCGUCGAGAAAGACGUACUUAAGUCCCAGCUGCGAUCGAUGCAGGAACAGCUCGCUGAAAUGCAGCAGAAAUAUGUGCAAUUAUGUUCCCGGAUGGAGCAGCAGUCCGAUACCCAGGAGGUGGACGACAGUGCGAGUGACAUCAUGGAGGACGACUCGAACCACCCGGACCUGUCACCGGACAAGUCUCUGAUCCAGAGUUCCCCGGCAUCGACGCCGAUCAAGGACGUGGGUAAGAACGCCGAUGCGUCCAGCAUGCUGCAGAUGAUGAGCAAGAUGAUGUCGGCCAAGAUCCACAGUCAACUACCCACGCAUCCGCACAUGCAAGCCGGAUUCAACGGGACGCAUCUUUUCCUGCAGCAUAUGCAGCAACAAGCCGCAGGACUGCCACACGACGGAAUGAGCCAGCACAACCAAAUGAGCAAUGCCGCCAUGUACCAGAAACUGCUCAUGGAACAGGAAGCGCGGAUGGUGAAAGAAGUCGCCGAACAGCAAGAGAGGAACCUGCAAAAUUCAAACCAACAACUGCUUCAGCAGCAAGCUCUGCAGCAACAGCAAAUGCAGCAGCAGCAGCAGCAACAACAACAACAACAACAAGAGCGGAAUAACAGUCAGCAAAUGAUGCAACAACAGCAGCAACAGCAGAACCAACCACCCCAACCACAGUUGCAAUCUCCUCAGCAUCAAUCGAGUCAAUCUCAGCAGCAGCAGCAGCAACAACAACAACAGCAGCAGCAACAGCAAAUGCAACUGCAGCAGCAUCAACAACAGCAGCAGCAGCAGCACCAAAUGCAACAACAUCAACCUCCUUCUCAGACGAACCACAUUUCACCACCACAGAUGCCACCAUUGCCCCUCCUGCCACAGAUCCCCAAGGGUUCAGCUAUUCCUUCGGAUUUGACCAGCCGGCUAAACAUGAUGCGAUCGAGCAUCAGCUCGGUGGGACCAAUGUCCGGCACGGACCUGGAAGGCCUAGCCGAUGUCCUGAAAACGGAAAUCACUGCCUCGUUAUCCAAUUUGGUCGAUUCGAUCGUGACGAGGUUCGUCCAUCAGCGACGAUUCCUGGGAAAACAGUCGGAAGCAGCGGCAGCCGCCGCCGAACAGCUUAACAAGGACCUUAUGAUGGCAUCGCAGCUACUGGAUCGUUCCAAGUCGCCGCGGACUAAAGUGUCUUCGGAUCGCGGACCCAACCCCAACAAUAGCAGUAACAGCCAGUCAGGUAAUGGACCAAUGCUUAAUACUAACCUUAACAGUGCACCUAAUCCGAACGUGGUGAACCAGUCUCCGGCUGGAAACCCCAUGAUCCCCGGUCAGCAGGGCAACGUGCCCCGAUUGAACGGCACCGCUUUUCCUCCCAUGGGAAUGCCGAUGCACGUGAACAACGCGCCCACGCACGAUCCCAAAACCUUGAAUAACAUGAACCAGAUCAAUAUGCCACCUCAUGUUCGACCUUCUCCUUCUACAGCUAUGUUCCAAACGCCGAAGCCUCCGCAGAACCUCAACUCGGUAGCCGCCGCAGCUCUGUACAACUCGAUGAGUGCCCUCGGCAACAGUCAGGUGAAUCCCUUCUGUAUGCCCGAGCCACGAGAGAAUCCGGAACAGGCCGAAGCCCUGAGCCUUGUCGUGACGCCAAAGAAGAAGCGCCAUAAGGUAACGGAUACCCGAAUCACGCCACGAACCGUGAGUAGGAUCCUGGCCCAGGAUGGAAUCAUCCCGUCCGGCAAUCCGAUCCAAUUAGAUCAAAACAAUAGCAAUCAAGGUGGCAACACUGCAAGCAGCAACAGCAACUUGAACAAUGCCAACAACAGCAACAAUAGCAACAACAAUAAUAACAAUAACAACAGUAGUAAAAAUAACAACCAGCAGCAGUUCAACAGCCAACCACCGAGCGUGCAAGCGAGUACCCCAACCGAGAGCCCCUCUCCACGUGGUUCGUUCCACCCGCCACCUCCGUCGAUGCUACCGGUGUCGUUGCCGACGUCGGUUGCGAUACCAAACCCCUCCCUGCACGAGUCCCAAGUGUUCUCGCCCUACAGCCCCUUCUUCAACCCGCACGGCCCCCCUCACGGUGGUCCCCAUGGACCGCAGCCUUCGCAGUUCCACCAUAUGAAGGUGUCCUCCAGCCCGCCCGGUAUCAACGGCAUGAUGGACCCACGAGAUUCGCCUCCGCUACCGCACCCGCCCACGAUGCUGCACCCGGCACUGCUGGCAGCUGCCCACCACGGCAAUUCGCCCGACUACGGCCACAUCCGAGCGUCGAUGGACGUGAACGACCGUAACUCGGACUGCAACUCGGCGGACAUCUCCUACAACGGCAUGGAGCCUACUUCGUCGACAUUGACCCCGAUGCACCUGCGCAAGGCGAAGCUGAUGUUCUUCUGGGUCCGGUACCCGAGUUCGGCCGUCCUCAAGAUGUACUUCCCGGACAUCAAGUUCAACAAGAACAACACCGCCCAGCUGGUCAAGUGGUUCUCCAACUUCAGGGAAUUCUACUACAUUCAAAUGGAGAAGUACGCCCGGCAGUCGGCUAGCGAAGGCAUGAAGAACGUGGACGACAUCCAUGUGAGCAAUGACAGCGAGAUUUACCGUGUGCUCAACUUGCACUACAAUCGGAAUAAUCAUAUCGAGGUGCCCCAAAAUUUCCGAUACGUUGUUGAGCAGACACUGCGGGAGUUCUUCCGCGCGAUACAGGGCGGAAAGGACACCGAACAGUCGUGGAAGAAAUCGAUCUACAAAAUCAUUUCCCGAUUGGAUGAUCCUGUACCGGAAUAUUUCAAAUCUCCCAACUUCCUCGAGCAGUUGGAGUAAGAGAAAGCCUACCAGUACCAGAACAAACAAUAACAAGCAAAACAAUAACUUAGUAAACAGCAAGCAACAUAGAGAGAGAGAGAAAGAAAGAGAGAGGUAGCGAGGGAGAUGGAGAUUCGCCGCUGCCACAACACCAGAAACCUGCAAACACCGAAUCAAUAACCAAAAUAACUGAGGGAAAAAGAGUAAAUAAUAAAUUUAACAGAAGAAACAAACAAAGAUAAGAAGUUACUUUAUUAAUUAUAAAUUUAAAGCAAAUUAUACAAAAUUGUUAUCUAAACAAAUUUAAAGCAAAAAAGAAAUUUAAUUUUAGAGAAAAAAAAAGUAACACAAAGUAUAAAUAUAUUGUUUAAAACAAGCAAGCAAAAGCAAAAACAAAAAAACGAAAACAAACCAAAACUUAAACAAGAACAAAACAUCUAAUAAGCGAAAGCAUAAGACAUAAGAAGUAACAACAAUUUGUGGUUCCUAUAAUGUAGUGUGCUUACGUCCGAAAUAAACUAAAGAAACAAGAAGAAGAAGAAAGAGAGAGAGAGAGCGAAAGCAGCAGCAAAGUCAGACGGGAAGCAAAAUUCCAAAAAGAAAAGAAAAAACCAAACAAAAAAGUACUUAUACGAAACAGCACGGUAUACUCGCGUUUAGGCCUUCAUUUCCAAAACAACCAACAAAAUUUUAAGAAAGCAAAAAAAAAUGCAUUCAUUCGAACUCAGUCAGUGAAUAGAUUUAAAAACGAAAAAAAAAACCUCAAAAUUUAAAUGUUUUGACAUCUCUAAAAAGAAAACAAAAACAACCUCAAGGAAGCAAAUAAUAAAAAAAAAGACGAGAAUCAAGCGGGGAGAUACCCACAAUUUCGCGCGGAACAAUUUACGGAUCACUCAUUCGGAAGAGGAAUGUGAUAAGAGAAGAAGAAGAAGGGACACGACGUGGGGAAAAAGGAACAUCGGAAAGAGUAAACUGUAUUGCAACUAGGGACGUUCUUUCGGAUAGGAAAAAAAAGGGAAAAAUACAAUCAUCUAGGGAAUAACUUUCUUACAAAUCAAAGAAAAAGCAGAAGAAGACGUUGCGGGAGUGAGAAAUGACAUUCAGGUCACUCACAUGCCAACAUGUGAAAAUGGAUAAAAAUAUUGUAAUUAUUGAACUUUUUCCUUGAAAUCGUUUGAUAACGCUUUAAGUUGUAAUUAUUUUCUCGCUUUAGUUUGUCUUAUUCCUGGUCGGUUAAAACCAACCAGAACCGGGGUAAAAAAAAUCUAUGUGUAUACUUAUUUAAUCGAACAAAAAAUGGAGAAAAUAUGAACUUUUGGCAAACAAUGCGUGAAACUUAAACAUAACCAAAAACUGAAAAUGAAUCAAGCUUUUAGGCUAAGAAAUUUCGAUCGAAACGGAACGCCCGGCGGCCUGCUUCGUUUCUCGCCGCGCCCAAGUGGUGUAAGCGUUACGCACCGUUACACUGAGGGGGGAAAAACAGAAUUUGUAAAUAUUGCGAAAAAGAACAAGUGGAAAUUAUUUAUUAUCAUUUUUCGGCGUCAGAUGUAAUAAAUUAUUGUUUAUUUUGGGACCUGUACAAACAAAAAAGUUGUAAUCUAAAUUUUUAACGCAAAUAUGAAGGGAAAGAAAGGAAGCAAAACAAAAAAAAAGCGGGGAUGGAAACGGCAAGUUUUUGGACUGGUUAGGUAGCAAAAUUUGUUUUCGUUUUUUGAGUACACUAUUUUCGGCAACGUUAGACUAAAAUUUAAAGCAAAAGGGGAAAUGUUUCGGCUAUUUAGGCGUUUUUUUUUCUCGGGAAUGAUAGACGGAGAUCCAACUGUUUCGGCUUUUUCCGGGUUUAGGAUACGGGGCGGGGGACAUAGUGUAACACAGCGUAACGCUAACGGCGCUGGCCGGCAGAAACGGGAAAAGCAAACGCCGUCCGUUCAGUGACGACGGUAAGGAACGUUGUUGAAAAAGAAGACAAAUUUAAACUCUUUCGGCGUGAGAAACCUAACAUUUGUAGAUAGUCGUGUCCGUGAAAGCAAACUAUUUCCUAAUCCAAACAAAACAAAAUGAAUCGUAAACAUUAAGGCGUAAACCACAUUCCAAAUUAAGCGAUGUGCAUUUUUUGAACGAAAAUUUCUCGCACCUGUCCUGUCACCACACACACACACACAUCGCGGGACAGGCGGAUGUUUGUAUUUCUAGGACGUUAGCGGGUUAAGUGAAGCUUUAUGGUCUUAUUAUUUCGUGUCUUUUGUUUCAAAUUUUACACUGAGCGAAUAGAGCCGGGCGCCAUUGUUAGCUGCCUCCCGCCGUGCCACUGUGCCCGGAAGCGAGCAAUCUUUCGAAAUUCGACUAGCAACAAAAACUUUUAGGCAAAUUUCCACAACUAGAAAUUAUCUGCAAUAGAGCACAACGGAAUGGAUUGGCCAACUGGGAGAAGAUUGCUGCGAUUCGAUCCAAGGCUGUGCGUGAGCGUGGAGGGAGCUGGAUGGCCAGGCCCGGCCAAGGUCGCAAAUCUAAAUCAUACCAAAGUUAAUCAAAGUUUUUAAAAGCGAUAAGUUUCACCCUAGUCUACAUACCAUUACGAUUAAUAUCUCUCAUCGACUGAGUUGUAUCAAACUUUCGCGUAGAAUAGAGAAACCUUUCCUUUUUUUUUGUCUACGUUUGAUGACGUGCGGGAAGAGAUAAAUUCUUGUGCAAGGGAUAUGUGUAGAAAUGCAAGAAACGAGGUACAAAUGGUGUACAUUUUUUUUAAGGCGUUAGUAAGGUAACCUUUCCAAAUGUUUUUAAAUUGUGAGUUUCCUAGUCUUGUGUAACACUUAAGUUCAUCGUUUCUGGAAGGAGGAGAGGAAAUUUUGGCGAUAAGCGAACACAAAUCUACUGCUAGAACAAACCAAUCACACGGUUCUAUUUAAGAUAAAAAACAUUAUUUUAUAAAGUUUCGUGUAAAGCUAAAUCUAGCGAGUAACUUAUUGGGUAAGCGUUUGAAACUUAUUUAAACUUUGAAAAGAAAACAAAAAACUAUUGUAUAAUCAUUUAUUUAAAAAAAAUGUGGAAAUAUCAAGAAAAUUGGUUAUUUUUGUAACUGAAUUAUAAACUUCUAUUAUUAUUAUUAUUAUUAUUGACAUUAAUGGAAAAUGUACAAAAAAUAAUAAAUCUAAUCGUAUGAAAAGUUAAUCAAAAUUUUUAUAAUUUCCGAAAUCUAAUUGGCAACACUGUUUCCGUUUCAAUUCCAUUCAUUUUCAUUGUUGUUUUCGUAUUUUUCGUUGUUUUCAAGUGGAGAAAAAAAAAACAAAUUCAUGGCGAUUCAUAGUCCUAAAAGAAAACGUAAACUAUAUAUUUAUAUCAUGCCUUCAAAAUUUUAACGACAAUGUAACUGAAAUUGUGAUAUUAAAAAUAGAACUCCCCCCCGGGGUCCGGUCGCUCAGCCGUACGGAACCGGCGAAGACGAGAGAGGAGACCGCAACGCGAGCGGGGGACCCAAAGCACGGACCGGAAGCGAGCGUCCGCGCUCUAAGGUUCCUAUAGAUUUAAAAACUAACCAACUAACCUAAAAAAAACACUCCGUGUGCGUGUAUGCGUGCGUUUGGGUGCGUGCCGGUCAAACGGCCAACAUGCCCACACACACACACACUCCCACACCGUCCAAUCACCAAUGCUGUGAUGUGUGAGCGUAUUCUCCACAGCGAUGGAAAGUCUGCGCUUCCGGCUCGGUUCGUGGUCCCGCCAGCGAUUUUGCGGUCAUUUCCCGGAGGUCACCGCCCCUUCCCGGGCAGGGCGAUCGGAACCGCCGACCGCCAGAGGGAGAAUAGUAAAAAUUAAGGGAAAUUAAGCUUUCGGUAACUCAAAAACUAAACAAAAAUUACGCGAUCGAUCGAUCGAUCGAGCCGCGAAAAAUUACACAAACUUUUGGAUAUUUUUAGGCGCGUGAUAUAAAACGUAAACAAAACAAACAAAAAAAAAGAAAGCACACAAACAUUGAAACAAUGGCAACAUUUUUGGACGAUUGACAUGCAAAAUUGUUUCCCCGGCAUAUUUAGGAGACAAGACAACACAACCUUUCGGAAUGACGGGCAAAAGGCAUUUUUUGGUUCGAUUUUUCUGUUUCUGUUUUACUAUAGGAAGCCGAUUGACGUUUCGGGUCCGAGAUCGAACGGGGUGUGAUUCCGUGGCACGCGGAAUGGAGUGCGGGUUGAUCCGGUGGGGCCUGAAUUCGGGAGGAGGUUUACGACGCCGACGGGGCGACUCAGGAAGAGCUGGCAGCUCGCCAAAACACGAAACCCUUCGAAAGCCACAGCGCAGCGCUUCGAGAUCCAGUGACCAGCAACAAACAAACAAACAACAACAACUACAAACACAAACAAACAGACACAGCAGCAUAAAAAAAAUGAAAAUAGAUAAGGCAUUAGUUCAUAAGCAGCUCUCAACUUACAACAAAUACAAUAUAAAUGGUAGUGUUACAUUAUAUUUAAUUAUUCAAACCAAGAUAUAUCUUACUCUUAUUAAUCAGUGUGUUUUAAACAAUAGUAUUGCAAGCAAACAAACAAUAGCCUACUCUCAUCAUAAACAAUAAUCAACCACAGAAAGCAGAAUUUGAAUUAUACCACAACUCACUGGCUCCGAAGGAGUGCGCUCGCAGCGAGAGAUUUGGACGCUGCGCUGUGGAUCCGCCGACCUGGUUCCAAGCAACGUCGACCCCACCGACUAGUGUGGAAGCAUCUCGAACGUUUUCCACUCACACACACACACACACAUCCACAUACUCACAUGUCCGCGGACACACGCCGCCGGGGCUCCAGCUGUCGCGACACACAUACGGAACAGGAGGACCCUCCUCCGGACAGGCCGACCCAUGCCCGGACCCGUCCCCCUCGGGGGCCCACGCGUACUUCGGUCUACGUUGGCGCGCCCUCGGGAUCUCCACAGAGGAGAUCUCGCGCCGUCAUCGCCGGCCAGAAGCGUCAAAGUUGUGGAAUUCUGUGAUUUUGCGCGAUUUUCAUCACGGUCCAUAACUUUCCCGAACCGCGCCCAGCUACCAUCUGUGGGGCCAACUUCCGUGUGGUCGUUCCCGAGCUCCCGGGGAUCUUGGUCCCGGGCCCGCGCCCUCCGGACUGACCGUCCUCGGCCAUCAUCAUUGAAGUGCACGCACGGAGCUUCGCAGGCUGUCCCAUCCCACGUUUGGGGGAAUACAUUCGAAGGCACUACCCACCACCGCUCCCCGUCGCAGCUAGAAACGAGUGCGCCCGUUUCAGCUGAGUGGAGCUGCUGUCAGCUUACAGUCGGCAUAGAAAUGUUGCUCCGUAGGAACCGGGCGUAAUUUCGAACCGGUUGCCGGUUUCGGUGAACUGCUAGCUCUCCGGCUGAAGUGUUCCGAGGGGUCGACCCCUCCCACGGCAGUGCGCUCGUAAUCCCGAAUCAUCCCGAACUCCAAUCACCGUCUCCAAGUCGCCGACCGGAAAGGACCGGCACCUGAAGGCCAACAGGCUAAGCAUAGUUGUGUAAAUAUCGUAUUUUUACCCUUGAGUUGAUUAUUUCUCGUCUUUGAAUUGGCAUUAAGGUAAAGUUUUCCCUCCCCCAUGAAUUUCUCUCUGAUUCUAAUUGGCGUGUGAUUGGCUUUAGCGGUGCAACAAUUGGCGCAUCAGCAACAUAGAUGGUAAGUGCUCAAAAUUUUUCCAACCUGUUUUCAGCAACUCCAAAUUGGGCAGAAAUUCUGGGUGUAGCGUAUUUUUUGUACAACCCCCUAUUAAGGUCAAAAGUGAAAGCGAAACGAAAAUUUAAUUGAAAAAAAAAAAACAAACCGUUACAAACCAUUACACACCGGCUUCAAGCGUUCGUGCGAACGAGCCGCGCACGCUCAGCAAGCAAGCGAGCAAACUCCGGUGCAUACAUUUAGGCGAUAUGCAAGCGUUCGGGGAUUGAAAAUUACACUGCAACAAGACUGAUUUUGCAAAUCCAGCGCAAACAAAACUAAUAUGCAAUAGUGUCGAAAAACAGGAAACCACAACAAAUGCACUCGGUUUUCUUGCAAGUUUGAAGCGAACGGCGAGAAUCGUAACCGUCGCAUAAUAUCCUUACUCAAGUUCAAUUACGACCGGAAGAAGAAAGCAGAAACGUCACAUCCCCCGUCUUAUGAUAUUUAUGUUAAGCAACCCAGUCACAAACGAAAAAAAAAAAGAAUAAAAGAAACAAGAAAUCCAUUAACUCGUAGGUAUUUAGCGAAGCAAAAACCAGGAAAUAGGAAACAAAGAAGCACCCACAAUGUACACAAAACACUACUACAACUACGAAAGGAAAAAACAAUUGAUUUUCAGAGGAUGCCAAUGCAUCACCGCAUCAACGCAAAACAAAAAUUUCCGUUCAUAUCGAAGCAAAUUUCUGUUUGGGAUAUGUCCUUCCGCGGGCAGGCAGAUGCGCACUUUCGGAACGAACUCGCGCGGAUCGAUUGGGUGUUGAAGUUUCAACCAAAAGGAAAUAAACAAUAGAACGGCAAUUUAAGCAACUUUAAGUCAACACAAAUGGUCUUUGUUACUUCAUCUACCACUACCGAGCAUUCCGAGCACUUGACAUUUGUUUAGCAGUGAAGCACGGCUUCCGACGAAUCUCACCGCGGAAGGAAGCAUUCGAUUCUUUCUUGACGAAAUCAUCCUCAUUUUAAGCGAAUUUUCCAGGUGCCACCGGUGGCACCUCUCAAUCAAUUAACUGCCAAUCGAUCCGGUGCGAUUCCGGGGGAAAGGGACAUCUGCUUGCACGAUGGGACAUUUCUUUUUUUUUAUUUUGAAUCUUCAGAUGGAAUAAUUUUAAGGCAUUUUCAACCGCAGCAGAUCAAUCGGUGAAAUCAAAAACAAAACGCAAUACAGUUUACAAUAAACGAACGGUAAGAACAUACAAUAAACAAUAAAUAGCAAACUAGACAAACACUAUAUUAUUCAGAUGUAUACAACCACAAAAUGCAAACAACAACAACAACAACAAACAUGGUUACUUUUAUACCAAAAGCAAGAACAACAACAACAACAACCAGGAAAAUGUUCGGAAUAUUUUUUGAAGCAACACUUUGGAAGAAGAAAAUGUUUGGCAUCGUUUCGAAAGCUCUAUUUUUUAACAAGCGAAAAAAAAAGAACAAACUAACAAAACCACGUUUCGGAUGAUUUUCAUUAUUGUGUUUGACAGGUUAAGCAAACAAACAGAAUACUACUACAACAACAGUUGCGCAAUAGAAAUAUCAACAGGAUUACCAUCCAUUUAAACAUCUACAACAAACCAACAAUAGAUCACGUGUGUCGGAAACACACACACACAUAAACACAGGAAGCAAACCCGGACUAGACUGAUAAAUAUUAACCUUCCAAUUCACGAACGAACUCAGGGAAUAAUGCUACGACCAUUCGAUAAUUUUCAUAUACACACUCGCAGACCCCCACGCGAACGAACGCGCGGGAGUCGCACAAGCAAACCGUUUUUCAUUUCUGACAGAUUGAAGUAAUACAGAAGAAAACACUAGUAAGUAAAUAUUAAUCCUUAAUUGAACAUAAACAAACUCAAAUUCAAAGUAAAAUAGCCAAAAUAAAAGCAUAUAUAAUCAGUAUUUGUAUUUACAGUAAAACACAAACACAAGCAAACAUCAUUGUAUAGAAGCAAAGCAAAUAAAAACAAUACACUUUUCCCCCCUAAUCGCCAAUUCUACCGAACACAAACCAAUAGGAAGAACGAUGACGUUAUGAUUGUUGAAAACUUGUUGACGACGAAAUAGAGAAAAACCCACUUGCAGUCGGAGAAAAAAAAAGCUGAAAAUUUCAUGAAACCCAAGCAAAUCAAUAAAUGAAAACUUUUUUCUAACUUUCUAGCAGAAGCAAAAGCAGAAGAGCAAAACAAAUGCAAACCAAAACAAAACCAAGCAAAACAGCUAAAAAAAAAAACACACACGAAGCGAUUGGCGUCCCGAAACGCCGAUCGAGAAAGUUGGAAAAGUGGAAGAAACUUUUCUUUCCUAUAAUUUACCUUUGAGUUUUUCUUAAAUUGCAGUGAAAAAAAUAUAACAAUGAAAUGCGAAUGAAACACACACACACAAGCAUACAAGCACGCUGAGAGGAAAUAUGCUGCUUGUGAUUUUCCUCCAUGGGAAGAUGAAAAAAAAUGUGUGAAAAUCAAAUGAAAUAUAAAAGUGAGAUUGGCAGAACAGAGAAGAAGAAGAAGAAGACCGCGCCAAAAAUCGGAAAAACCAAUUGGUUCGAUAACAGGAAAAAUUGGAAAUCAAAACCACAAUUGGAGAGAGAAAGAUUGGAACGGCGGAAGAAAACAAUUCACAAAUGUUCGUAUAUAUCACGAAUAGUCAGUCACACGAGUGAAGUUCAAAAUUUGUGAGGCGAUCAAAAUUCGAACUCGGAUUUCUCUUAUUUGAUACAUUUUUCGAAAAUUUAGGGAUUAAACGAAAAAAAAAACAAAACCAACAAAAUUCUGCUAAAACUGCGGCAAAAUUUCACAGUAAAAACGAAGAAUUUGGUUCAGUGAAAACAAAAUUAGACGAAAUUGCUAAAAUGAAAACAUCAAAACAAACUUUAAUGAUCAUAAAAAAAAAAGAAAAAAAAACCAAAAAAAAAAUCUGUAUAAAUUUUUCAAAGAGUUUAAAAAUUUAAUUAUUCUAAAUAUUGAUUAUUUAUCAAUUAAAUUCUAUUUUAUUCGUUCUAAUAUGUAAGUUAAAAAGCGAAAAAUUAAUGAGAUAAAAAUUGUAAUAUUAAACAAAAAAAAAAUCCAAGCGACCCGGCAACCGGCGACAGCAAACCUGAAAUGUCACAACGUGCCAACCAAGCGCGCGGUUAGUCCCGCGGUGGGUGCAAACCACGUGGUGUCCCGCGACUCUGGCCCACCCAUUUCCCGGUGUCCCUGCGCGGUCGGUGCCGCCGCCGCCCUGUGUACCCACACUCUGGUGCCGGUCGGGCCGUAUCCGGGGACCCACAAGGAGAAAUAAUGCUGGGAGGAGUCACUUCUGGGCACCUGCGGUUUCCGCAACGGGACGCGUGCAAACGGUGCAAGUUCGCUGCGUUCACCUUUGAGAUAUCGCGGGCGCACGCCCAUACGGCCGCCCCGAUUCGGUGUGUCUCCGGUUGGUGGGUUCGCACCUACUGCAUUUCAUACACACUUACACAUUUAAUGCAAACAGCGAACCAAAAAAUGAUACAUUUUGAAGUACGCAAGCAAACACACAGACACACAGACACACAAAGUUUCAAAUUAUAAACAAAUCCAAAAAUGAAUAAAAAAAAAACAACAGCAGAUCUGAUCACAAAAUUUAACGCAAACAAAGAACAGCAAAUUCCAAAAUCAAACAUGGCCGUCGCCGCCGCCGCUGCGUCCGAGACGCGCGUUCGGAGGAGGCGAUCGUUUCUUUGACAUGCGAAGAAGAAAAAAAGAGUUAAAAAACCAAAAACCGAAAGGUUUCUUAAUUUACAAAAAAAAAAAUACUUGAUAUAAGAAAA